GACUGCAUCAGUCCUGGUGGCUCUGUCUCUCCCUCCUGUCUCUCUAACUAUAACAACGCCCUAGCCGCUGGCUACAAAUAUAUUGAUUUAUAUUUCUUCCCUUGUACAGGCUACACUAGCUGCAAAUCGCCUACAACUCAAAUCAAUGAGUUAGUUAGCUUUGUAAAUAGCAAUCACAUGCUAGUGCAAACCAUCUGGCUUGACUUUGAAAAGUCAUCAGAUUGUACUUCGAACUGGAACCUCGGUGCGACAGGUAAUAUUGCCUUAGCAAAGAAAUUCACAGAAGCUGCUAAAACAACCGGGCUGAACUGGGGUAUUUACUCAUCAAAUGGUAAUUGGAAGACUCUCUUCGGCACUGCAAGUGCUGUUGUUGACAGUAGUUUUAAGGUUUGGUACGCGAGCUAUGAUAAUCAAGAUAACUACAAUGACUGGUCUAGUAGAAUGGCAUUUGGUGGCUUUGUAAGCCCUUCUGGAAAG